ACAUCUAUUUCAACUGGUGUCAGGCAGCCUCGCAGGAGUCGUAGGUCGCAGGCUGGUUCAGCCACUUCAGCCCAUGCUAGUCUUAACCUAAAAAAAAUAAAUUUUGAUGCUCGAAUAAGUAGGUUAUGGAAGGCAACGAAAAUGUAGUAGUAGAAGAGCAAAUGCAAGUGGACGAGCAAGACGCGGAAAAUCAACGUGAAGAUGAAAACACUGCCAAUGAUGUGCAAAAUAACGAGGAGACUAAUAUCUCAGCUGAAGGGUCACAACAAACAAAUACAGCCAGCGUGAACUUAGAUGUUUUGAAUGUGGACGAUGAUCAAGCAUGUUCAAUAUGCCUGGAGCAAUGGACCACUUCAGGAGAGCAUCGCUUGUGCUGUUUGCGCUGUGGACAUCUGUUUGGGCAUAGUUGCAUUCUGAAAUGGUUACAGCAUUCUUGCAACAGUACAAAUCGUCGUUGUCCACAAUGCAAUAAGAAAGCUACCAUGAAACAUAUUAGGAUGUUAUAUGCGAAAAAACUGACAGCAGUUGACUCUACUGAAUAUGAGAAGCUAAGAAAGGACUUGAGUAACAUAUCGGCUGAAAAGAAUCGUUUACGGACAGAAUUGUCGCAGACUAGCAUUCGUUUGAAAUUAUACGAGGACCAGAUAGCUAGCAUGAAAAAACGUAUUACUGAAUUGGAAAGUCAAAACUUAAGAAUCAAUAUUGAUACUGGUCAGGGUACUUCCAGUGUCCCUACUUCAAGGAAGUUUCAUUUAGAACAAUCUAUAGAAAUCUGUAAGGAGGGUAGCUGCCGCGUCUUAGAUUAUAAUCCAUGGUACAAACUCCUGGCUGUUUCUCAGAAAUCAACAAACAUGCUGUUCAACGGAUAUGGCAUAAGAAAGUUGGAUUGCGAAUGUUUUAAUUUACGGCAAAUAACUGUCUUACAUACUCAGGCUAUAAGAGAUGUGACUUUUCACUCUACCCAACAAACAAUUCUUCUUAGUGUUGGCUUUGAUAAAUGUGCAAAGCUAAUGGACAUCCAAAAUAAUACAACAAUGCACACAUACCAAACAGAAUAUCCACUUUGGAGUUGUUGUUGGUCAGGUGAUAAUCCAUAUGUUUUCCUAACUGGUGCACAAAAUGGAACUAUAAGUCAAUUUGAUAUUAGACAAACUUCUUGUGCUAUUAACAUCUUGGAGAGUAAUGGUGAUAGAUCACCAGUUGUAUCAAUGGCAACAAUACCGCCAAAUCCUGGUAGUGGUAUCAGCAGAGGUGGAUUUAUAGCAUGUCAUUUGAAUACAUGUUAUACAUAUGAAAUUAAAGACACCACUUAUCUUUCCAAACAGAUGUUUAUAGAGGGUCCUUUCGUCUCAGUGCGCUAUGAUGAAAAAAAUCAUCACUGUCUCAUAUCAUCUCGUCCUAAUUCUAGACAACCAAAUGCAAGACACAUAGUAUGUACUAUUGAAAGGAAUACGCUAAAUGAAGAAAUAGUUACAUAUAAUGCUGUACAUACAUUCCAAGGUGGUAAUUCUCAACAACUUUUGUCUCGACCAUGUUAUUUAUCUGUGGAAGACGAUACAUUGGUAUCAGCAUUCAUAGAAUCAAGUGGUAGUAUAUCAUUAUGGAGUAUAGCAAAUGGCCAAAAGUUACAUAAUCUCCCUGUGUCAGAUCCUAUUAGGGAUCUGUGUUCAUUUAACAUCAACAAUAACUUAUUUUUAACAAGUCUUUCUGAAAAGAAACUUAGACUAUAUAAUUACGGACAAUUAACAUAAAUGUAAAAUACAAAUGUACAAAAUGAUACUUUGCCUCGUUAUUGUGCAUAUUUGAUACAACAGAACACAAUGAUAUCUCUUGAUGAUGUAUUUUUGUAUACAUAUGACAGACUGACCUCUUUGAAAUUGUCAUAUAUAUAUAUAUAUAGAUUUUGAUUGAUAUAAAAGGAGAAAUAUAUAUACAUUUAAAAAACCA